UUAUGGGAAAUACUCAGAACCUUCUGACGUAACGGGAGGAGGAACAGGAAGCUUCAUUCUUUCUAAAAGGCUAGAGCUAUCCUUUCAAAUCCGUCCGAAGAGAGGGCUGACAUCGCUGGGAGGGGAAAAUGUCCAGUUGGUUGUGGAAAGAAACUCUGAUGGUGGCAGAAGAUUACAUCAACUUCUGUGUUGGAACCCAACGGACACCUCCCAGCGAGCAGGCCGAAGCGAUGCGCCACCUCGCCGGCGAAAUGGAGCAGCAUUACCAGUGCAAAUUCCAGUCUCUCAUGCAAUCGUUCCUUGAGGCUUGUGGAUCAGAGCCCAGUGCUAGUCUGAAAAAGGUGAUGGUAGAGCUAGUAGGAGAUGGAAAAUUAAAUUGGGGGAGGAUCGUGUCUCUCUUUACUUUCACGGGAGUCCUGGCAAGAGAACUAUGCUCCCGAGGAGAGGAUAAAAAUUGCUGCAGAAAACUAGCGGAGACUAUUGCCGACUACCUUGGAAGGGAACAGCAAGAUUGGCUGGUCCAAAAUGACUGCUGGGAGGGAUUCAACAAGUUUUACCGCACCUCCAGAGAGGUGAGCCAGGAUUCGUCCAUGAAGACAGCCCUGUUCGCUGCAGCUGGGGUGGGCAUCGCCGGGCUGACCUUUCUCCUUGUGCGCUAGAGAAUAUCCCUUAUUGUAAGGUUGUGUAGUACAAGAGUGGGUUGCUAACAUUUCAGAAACAUCUUUUUGUUUGUUUUUGAAGUCAUGAACACAGUUCCUCAUAUCAAGGGAGUUUUACCAGUAGAUUUGGUUCAGUACUUGCAGCUGUCCUCUGCUGUGUAGCCAGAUGAAGUAAGUAAAGGACUGCUAUUUUGAGACAUGCUCGUUUUAUUUCUUCAGUUUUGUAAUUGGCAUAUUUUCUUUCAUAAAUGAAUGUUAUAUUUAACAUAUUUGAAAGCACUGGGUCCUAAAUUUCAAAUUCAGAAAAUAUUACACUAAAUGGGGCACAGUUUAUAUUUUUGCUCUUGCACCCACGAAGAUCAAACCUUUAUAACAAAAUUAAGGAACACACUUACCUUUUCUUUGGCUGCACUCAUUUCUGUUCCUUUGGUUGCAUUGACAGACAUUUUAAAUGUAUGGAAACCUUUUUUUAGUGUAAUAAAAUUACAGAUUAAUAUAUUUAUACAAAAUAAAAAAGGUAAACGAGCCCAUUUGUUGUUUACAAGUUACUUAACUUAUUUUGUAACAUCUUUAUUAAUUAAAAAAAAAAUCAUUUGCAGUUUGUUCAAGCCAUGGUAAACUCUGUUCUGUUCUUUUGAGAUCAUUUCAGUAUUGAUGUAUGUUUUUGAUUGGCCCAGACAGUGGAGGAUGAAGGAUAUUUUGGAUGCAAGUUUGACAACCUGUCGAUUUUACAGUGCUGAGCAUAAAUUCAGGAGUUUCUGGUCCAGAGCAUGAAAAUAAAAGUAUCUUUAAAGCAGCUGGUUCAGCAGCAUAUCCGGGGCUUUUUACCUGUAGAUUUCAGUACUUGCAGCUCCGCCCUGCCAGAUAAUGAAAGGCCAAUUAUGGAAAGAACCGCUAUUGUGAGACAUGUAAAACAAAAACAAAAUAAUAAUCUUGUUUUAUAAUUGGAAUUUUUCCUAUUGUAAAUCAAAGUUUUGUUUUACAGAAUUGAAAGCUCUGUGUCCUAAAGGUCUAAUUCCGAGUACACUGUAAAAAUGGCGCAGCUUAUAUUUUUGCUCUUGCACCCACAAUGCUGUAGUUCUUCCCUUCUUAGUUCUCAAGCAGUGCAAGCUCUUUAUUCCUAAGGGCUUGUGGUGUUGAUACAGGAAGCUGUACCCCAAUCUUCAUCUUUCCCAAAGAUGGUCUAGGCCAUUUGAAAACCUACACUAACCCUGAAAUCAUAUGAAAAAACAAACACGGAAAACAAACUGUGGCUUUAAUAGUUGACACUAAUUUAGGAGGUGCUCGUUUGUGAAAUGUCAAGUCUUUUUGUUAACCCAACACCAGUUUUAUCAUGACCAAAUUAAAUGUUCCUCAGGCAAGUUCCUGCAUUCAACAUAUAAGCAUUAUAUUUUUGCAUCACAUUAUUUAUUUAUUAAACACUUUUUCUUAAUAAAAUAUGAAUGCGAACAUAAA